GGGACGAGGUCUUCAUUGCGUUUCGACAUCUCUUGAGGCGAGGGUGCGUUAGAUGGGGCUGCCCAUGAACUGGGGUGCAAGCAUACAACUAUUGUGCCAAGUUAUAUGCUAGCAAACUAACUUCUGAUAUUUUCUAAGCCAAGUUCGAACUACCCAUAGAGGUAAAUUGAGUGAAGUGAAGUGAUUGUGCAAGACGUGAGGCGUCAUGUCUCAGCAACAGCAGCAGGUUGUGAGGCAGCAGACCUCCUCGUCUGUAGUGCAACAAUCGAGCAGUGCGCAACACCAAACCACAAUGCAACAGCAAAGUCAAGUUCAAACUCGCGUCGUUCGAGAAGUUCGCCAGGGCACGCAAAUGAUUCAAGGGCCCACCCAAGUCGUACAGAUGGGUCUACCGGCCGGGGCGUCACCGCCUGUGUUCGAGCAGAUCUUCCGCAACGCGCGCUUCGCUCAGGGGGGCGACGCGGUGUUCGAGGGCAAGAUCACGGGAAACCCUCGGCCGAGCGUCACGUGGAUGCGCAAGGGCGCGCAGCUGCAGAUGGGAAACAAAUAUCAGGUGACUCACAACCCCAACACCGGGGAAGUCACGCUGCGUAUCGCCACCAUCGGGCCUGGUGACGAAGGGGAGUACACUUGCACGGCUUCCAACCAGUACGGCGAAGCCAUUUGCACCGUCUACAUCCAGCCAGAAGGUGAGGCAGGCACUUGCAUGGCUUUCAACCAGUACGGCGAAGCCAUUUGCACCGUCUACAUCCAGCCAGAAGAUGUGUAUAAGAGACAGGUCUACAUCCAGCCAGAAGGUGAGGCAGGCACUUGCACGGCUUCCAACCAGUACGGCGAGGCCAUUUGCACCGUCUACAUCCAGCCAGAAGCGGCCAUGAUGAUGCAGCAGCAGCGCCAACAUCAGCAGCAGCAGCAGCAGCAAACGAAACAAACUUUUAUUCAGCAGCAAACUACGCAACAGCAGCAGACUUUCCAGCAGCAACAGACUGUGCAGCAGCAGCACAGUUUGAUGCAGAACGGUCAGUUUGCGUCGUUCCGCGUAGACACUUUCGAGUACCGACUUGUAAACGAAGUCGAGUUUCGUCGUGCCAUCACCCAACGCUCUGCUGGAGAACAAGACGUGAACUUCAAUGUUCCAGUGCAAGGAGCUCCUCUGGCUCCGCAGCUGCAACAGAAGCCACGCGCUACAAAGGUGGCGCAAGGAAAUAAUGCAACUUUCACAGCCAUUGUUAAUGGUAAUCCAAGCCCUCGUGUGACUUGGUUCCGUAAUGGCGAACGACUUCGACAAAGCGACAAAUAUCAGAUGUCCCAGAACGGCAACCAGUUCAUGCUUGUCGUGCGGAACGUCGAGCCUGGUGAUAACGGCCACUACACGAUGCUGGCCGAGAACCCUUCUGGAGCAACAGUUGCCUCUGCUCAACUCGCCUGCGUUCCUCGUUCAGAUGACGUCAUCAACGGCGUUCAGGAAAUCCGCAGUGAAACUAUCGAGACGCAGCAACAGCUUCAGAGCGUCGACACCGACGAGACCGGCAAGUCAAUGGCGCCGAAGAUCAUCCGUGGACCUGGCGACCAGGCCAUCCAGGAGGGCCGCAUGGUCCGCUUCGACUGCCGUGUGUCUGGCAAACCAUACCCCGAGGUGACUUGGCUAUUGAACGGCCAGGUGAUCACUAACGACGCUCGCCACAAGAUCUUGGUGAACGAACAAGGCAAUCACUCCCUCAUGAUCGAGGGCACCUCCGUGCACGACUCAGGCGUACUCACGUGCAUCGCAGCCAACAAGGGUGGCGAAGCGUCUUGCCAGUGCAACCUGACGGUGCUGGAGAAGGAGCAGUUAGUUGCCCCGAAGUUCGUGGAGCGUUUCCAGCAAGGGCAAGUGAGCGAGGGGGAGACCCUCUUGCUCCAGGUGAGGGCGGUGGGCACCCCCAUACCCCAGCUGUCCUGGCAGAAGGAUGGCGUUAGCAUCCUGCCCUCUCCCAACGUCCAGAUCCUGACGGACGGCGGGUCCUCGACCCUGCAGCUGCUGAGCGCAGGGGCUCAGGACUCAGGCUGGUAUCAGUGCACGGCGCAGAACACCGCCGGUAGCACAGCUACGCGCGCUCGUAUCCACGUGCUCACUGAGAAGGCAGCCCCGCAACAGCCCCAACGACCCUACUUCCCCAAGCCCGUCAAGGUCAUCGAACCUGAAAAAGAACCCGAACCCGAGGUGAUUUAUUUACGGCACGUCGAGCGCGCGCAUCACCAAGUGAGGAGCGAGGAGGAGGAGGGUCCCACAGAGCCCCCCCGCUUCACUCACCCCUUACGGGACCUCGACAUCGUCGAAGGAACCCGAGCGCAUUUCGAAGCCAUGCUCACUCCUGUGGGAGAUCCUACUCUGCAGGUGGCCUGGCUCGUCGAUGGCAAGCCUAUUCCUGCCAGCUCACGAGCCACAGCGACCUACCGCUUCGGCUACGUCGCUCUGGAUAUCCUGAGCGUGACCAAGGCCGACUGCGGAGUUUAUUCCUGCAGGGCCGUCAAUGUUCUUGGUCAUGACGAGGUUACCGCCAAGCUCAACGUUAGAGAGCGCCCUCAAAUCGAGAGCUCCACUCAGCACCCUGAGGCUCUUCAACAAAUCGGUUACCUCGAGGACGCGUCUCGGUACCAGAGGACGACUUCGAUUGACGAGGCUAGCCACAUCGCACCCACUUUCGUCAAGCCCCUCGUCAACCUCGGCGACGUCAACGAAGGAAAGUACGCCCACUUCGAGGCUCAGCUCCACCCCGUCAGCGACCCCUUCAUGAGGAUCGACUGGUUCAAGGAUGGCAAGCCUAUUACUGCUAGUUCGCGCAUCAACGUGAUCUACAACUUCGGUUAUGUCGCGCUCAACAUCAUGCACCUGCGCGCUGAGGACUCAGGCGUGUACACCGUCCGCGCAGUCAACCGGGCCGGCGAGGCCAGCUGCGAGGCCACCAUCAAUGUCAUCGCAUUCGGAGGCGUAACGGGUGACCUCGGCAUCCCGGAACAGCAACAGCAUAUCCGCAGCGUCGAGGAAAUGGAAGCCUACAGGCUUGCAAUGCAGCAGCGAGCUCAGCAGGAGCUGCUGGAGGCGUCGACGGCGCCCGUCUUCAGGACUGAGCCGAAGGACGCGACCGCCCGUGAGGGAGGCUAUGCUCACUUCGAGGCGCGACUUGAACCCAUCGGCGACCCGACACUCAAAAUAGAGUGGCUCAAGGAUGGCCGGCCCAUGGAAGCGAGCUCAAGGAUCACAUCUUUCUUCAAUUUCGGAUAUGUGGCCUUGACCAUCAAAGCCCUUAUCCUGAAGGACCAAGGCACAUACACGUGCCGCGCGUACAACUCGAAAGGGGAGGCUAAGGUAGGCUGCGUGCUGACGAUGCUCUCCAAGAACGACGAAGUCGAGACUCAAUACGAACAAACCGCCAUGAAGAUGCAGUUCCUUGAGGACGCUGCCAAGUAUAAACGCGUCGAAACCGAAGAAACCACCGUCUCAACAAUGGCCCCUAAAUUCCUUGGGCCUCUCAAAGGCACCAACAAAAUUCUUGAAGGCCAAAAGGCCCACUUUGAAGUACGUUUGGAACCACAAAGUGAUUCUUCGAUGGUCAUCGAAUGGUAUUUCAACGGUCAGGUCAUCAUGUCGGCUAACAGAAUCAAGUUCUUCAAUGAUUUUGGUUACGUGGCACUCGACAUCUCCGACGUGCGUAGCUCCGACUCCGGAACCUACGUUGUCGUUGCUCGCAAUUCUCUGGGGCAAGAUCAAGCAACUGCUUCCAUGGUUGUUGAGACUCGCUCCGCCAUCGACUAUUCAUCUAUGCACGAAGUGACUCUGGACAAGACCCGCGCUCUGGAGCGCCGCCAUCAGGAGCCUCAUUAUGACAUUGAGGAAAUCUCCAAGUCAAAGCCCAUCUUCACACAGACUCUGUCUGAUCUCCAGCCUCUUCAUGAGGGUAAGAACAUCCAUCUUGAGGCUAGACUGGAACCAGUUGGUGAUCCAACCAUGAAAGUAGAGUGGUUCCUGAAUGGCAAGUCUGUCACCAUCGGCUCGAGAUUCAAGACCUACUUUGAUUUCGGCUACGUGGCCCUUGACGUUAUUGGAGCGUACGCCAUUGAUUCCGGCGAGUACACUUGCAGAGCCACAAACCAUCUUGGCAGCGCCCACACCUCCGCAUGUGUUACUGUCAUAGCCACUGGAGAUAUCCAGACCGACUCCAUGCAUGACGAUGCCAUGGACCAAAUAAACUUCUUGGAGCAUGGCCGGCAGAUGCGCACGGCCACCGAGGAGACAGACAUCAAUCAACCUCCUAACUUCACUAAGUCUCUGAGAAACAUCGAGACUUAUGAAGGCACCAACAUCCAUUUAGAGGCUCGCCUGCAGCCCGUCGGCGACUCGUCAAUGAGGAUUGACUGGUUCUUCAACGAUCAACCCCUGAAAGUUGGUCACCGUUUUAGACCAGCUUACGAUUUUGAUUACGUGGCCCUGGACCUCCUCAGCGUCUACCCAGUCGACUCCGGCAUCUAUAGUUGCCGCGCUACCAAUAAACUCGGCCAGGCGGUCACCUCUGCUUCCGUCAAAGUUACAGCCAAGAAGGACCUUAUUUUUGACUCUGAACAUCCUGAAAGUCUUCAAAAACUUCAAUACCUCGACGAUGCGUCUCGAUACAACCGCCGCGAGAUCAUGGAAGAAGUUUCCAUCAAAAUCCAGCCAAAAUUCUUGACUCAGCUCAAAGAGCUCUUUUUACACGAAGGACAAACUGCUCAUUUCGAAGCUAAGCUCGAGCCUAUAACCGACCCCAACAUGAGGGUUGAGUGGUAUAAAGAUGGCCGUCCGUUGGCCGAAGGAUCUAGAUUCCGUCACAUUCAUGAUUUCGGUUACGUAGCUUUAGAUAUCAGAGGACUGAUGGCUGCCGAUGAGGGAACCUACACAUGUGUCGCCACCAACUUGCUUGGCAAAGACCAAAUUUCGACAACGUUGAAAGUGCAGACUUCUUCGAACAUCGUGCUGGAGACGCAGCACGAGAACUUAUCGAUGCAGCAGCUGCAGAUGCUGGAGGACAAGAGUCGGUACAUGCGUUCCGAACACAUCGAAGAGACAACCAAACAAGCACCGGUGUUCACAACUUCCCUACGAAAUAUCGAAGUGAUUGAAGGUGAACGAGCACAUUUCGAAGCUCGUCUUAUUCCGGCUUCAGACCCUACAAUGAAAGUUGUGUGGUAUCACAAUGGCGUCGAACUUAAAAGUGGUUCACGUUUCAUGACCUACAACGAUUUCGGUUACGUGGCCCUCGACAUCAUGUACACGUAUUCAGAGGACUCGGGUACGUACACUUGUGUGGCAACCAAUGCCAUAGGACAGGCGAUCACUGAGUGCACUAUGCAGUGUCUCAGUAAAGACUCGAUCUUGCUGGAUACCAUGAACCAAGAAGCCAUGAGCAAGAUCAACCGUCUCGAGUCGCGCACCACGCGCACCACAGUCACCGAAGAGUUCACAAGUCAGCCUCCUGUCUUCACAUCGCCUCUCAAAGAUCGUCAACUUGCUGAGAACGCGCCUCUUCAUUUCGAAGCUCGACUCAUCCCCGUCGGUGAUCCCGACCUGAGAGUAGAAUGGUUCAAGAAUGGCGUACCUCUUCAGCAGGCAAAUCGCAUCUCGACCAUGCACGACUUCGGCUACGUCGCUCUGGAUAUGAAGUACGUCAACCCCGAAGAUUCUGGCACAUACACUUGCCGUGCCACCAACCGCCUGGGACAAGCCGUGUCUUCUGCUUCUCUCGUCGUGACGUCAAAAGAGGCGCUGCUCCUUGACACUGAACAUGGCGAGGCGCUUAGGAAGCUGCGGAUGCUGGAAGACUCGUCCCGGUAUACCAAGACCACCGUUGAGGAAACUGUGGUCACUCAGGCUCCUAACUUCAUAGUUCGUCUCUCUGGCCUAACCAACUUGUGGGAGGGCCAGAGUGCCCACGUGGAGUGCCGCCUUGAGCCCUACCCCGACCCCACGAUGAAGGUGGAGUGGUUCCACAACGGCAAGCCCCUGCAGGCUGGCAGCAGGUUUAGGACCAUCUAUGACUUCGGCUUCUGUGCCCUGGACCUCCUGCAGGCUGUGUCUGAGGACACGGGUACUUAUGAAGUUCGCGCCACCAACAGGAUCGGCACAGCUUCGUCCACCAUUGAUCUUACAGUCAAGCCGAAGAGCGACUUUAUUGUGGACACCGUCCACCCCGACGCGCUGCCUAAGCUGGCCCGUUUGGAGCAGAAGGGCGGCCGCAAGGCUGAAGAAGAGACGCUCGUCAUCGAGAAGCCUCACUUCGGCCGUUCCCUCCGCAACCAAGACCAGCUGGUGGAGGGCCAGGCCGUCCAUAUGGAGGCAACCCUAACGCCUGUCAACGACCCAACCAUGAAAGUCGAGUGGUUCUUCAACGGAAAUCCGAUUCCUUCUGGCCAUCGGUUCCGCACGACGUACGACUUCGGUUUCGUGGCGCUGGAUAUCCUGUACGCCUACCCUGAGGACUGCGGCACCUACAUGUGCCGUGCCACGAACGCCGCCGGCCAGGCGAUCACGUCGUGCAGCAUUACCGUCGAGGGCACGGGUUCGAUGGUCACGGACACGCUGGACGAGCAGCGUAUGAAGAAGAUCCGUCUGCUGGAGCGCUCGGAGAUGCGGCGCGAGGAGAUCAGCGACCAGGUCUUCCAGAAGCCUGUCUUCACCACCGCCCUGCAGAGCGUGGACGGCGUGUCCGAAGGCGAGCGAGUGCACCUCGAGUGUCGCCUCGAGCCUAUCAACGACCCCAACCUUCGCGUCGAGUGGUUCGUCAACGGCGUCGAAAUAAAGGCUGGUCACCGAUUCCGCACGACGCACGACUUUGGGUACGUGGCUCUCGACGUGCUUUACGCGUACUCCGAGGACUCUGGCACGUACCUCUGCAGAGCCACUAACAAGAUGGGCGAGGCAGUCAACUCUUGCUCUGUUAACGUCACUGCGCACCGUUCGAUCUACAUGGACUCGCAGCAUCCCAGCGGCUGGGAGAAAAUCAAGAACCUGGAGCAGCGGAGCCGCUACGAGCGUCUCGACGUCGCCGACUUGCCCAACCAACCUCCUCGCUUCACCUCCGAGCUCCGGGGCGUGACGACGCUGGCUGAAGGCCAGAGGGCUCACAUGGAGGGCCGCAUCGAACCGAUCCACGACCCUAGCAUGCGUGUCGAGUGGUACCAUAACGGCAAAAUAUUGCAGUCUGCCUCCCGCUUCCACACCACUUUCGACUUCGGCUACGUCGCCUUGGACAUACACUCCGUGUAUGAAGAGGAUUCAGGCGUGUACACUUGCCGGGUGUUUAAUAAUCUCGGCGAGGCCACGUCCUCGAUCACGUUCAAGAUCGAGGGUAAGAGUGGCGUGAUAUACGAGACCGCUCACCCUGAGGGACUGGAGAAGAUCCGUGAGAUGGAAGAUCACGCACGCAUGCAGCGCAAGGCGACCGAAGAAGUCAAGACGUUCCAGAGGCCGGUGUUCACUCAGCCGCUGCAGAACCUGGACAACCUCACUGAGGGUGAGACCGCGCACUUCGAGUGUCGUCUCAUCCCCGUCGGGGACCCCAAGCUCAAGGUCGAGUGGUACAGGAACGAAGUCCUUAUCGAAAAAAGUUCACGCAUCAACACGACGCACGACUUCGGCUACGUUUCGCUGGACAUCACCGGCGUGCGCGGCGACGACGAAGGCAUCUACAUCUGCCGCGCCCACAACGACCUCGGCGAGGCUGUCACCACCGCCUCCAUGAAGAUCAAAACGCACGGCACCAUUCAGCUGGACUCUCACCACCCCGAGGGCAUGAAGAAAAUCGCUGCGCUCGAAUCCCGCAAGACAGCGGAUCGCGGACCUGAGGAGGAUAAGGUGUACGAUAGGCCUGUCUUCACCGCCAACCUGGUGGGGCCCGCCCAGCUGAUGGAGGGCCAGAGGGCCCAUUAUGAGUGCCGCGUUGUCCCCAUCGGGGACCCCACCAUGAAAUACGAGUGGUUCUGCAACGGCGUCAACCUCAAGAUGGGUUCCCGGUUCCAGACGAACCACGACUUCGGGUUCGUGACCCUGGACAUCCUGCAGGUGAUCCCUGAGGACUCCGGCGUGUACAUGUGCAAGGCCUACAACGCGGCAGGCGAGGCUGUCAGCUCCAUUACCACGAGGGUUAUUGGUCGUGACAGCAUCAUCGGUGACGCCGCGCACCCCGAGGGCUGGGAGAAGAUUCGUCUGCGGGAGGCGCAGUGGAACCGUGUCCCUCAGGCCCCCGUCACACCCGACGCCGCAGAGCCCCCCAUGUUCACCAAGAACCUCGACAGCCACGACAAACUCAUGGAGGGAGGCUCGGUGCACCUGGAGGCGCAGGUACAGCCGGCCCAUGACCCGCACCUCAGCAUCGAGUGGUUCAAGAACGCUGCACCUCUCGCAACCGGAACGCGUAUUCGCAGCACGUUCGACUUCGGUCACGUGACGCUUGACAUCAGCGGGCUACGCGAGAGCGACUGUGGCAUCUACACGUGCAAGGCUGUCAACCGCGUGGGCGAGGCAGUCUCCACGUGCACGCUUAAAGUCUUCGACCGCGACUGGCUGCUGGGAGAGAGCGUUCACCCAGACGCCCUGCCAAAGCUGGCACGUCUGGAGGCGCCGAAGGGCUCCAUUAAGUCACCCGAUGAGCCGCAGUUCGACGUGCCGAUGUUCAUCACUCACCUCAACAACGUUGAGUGCAACGAGGCCGAGACCGCUCACUUUGAGUGCAGGGUAGAACCCUCGAAAGACCCUACCAUGAAAAUCGAAUGGUUCAUCAACGGCAAGCCGAUGCAGGCAGCGUCGCGCUACCACGCCACUUACGACUUCGGUUUCAUUGCUCUCGACUGCACGCACUGCUACGCUGAGGACUCCGGCGUGUACAUGUGCCGAGCCACGAACUGCAAGGGCUCUGCCACCACCACCGGCACGCUCAAGUGCCUCAGCAAAGCCAACCUUUACUUUGAUACCCAGCAUCCUCAGGGACAGGCUGGGCUUCAGAAGGUGGAGGAAGCAGAACGCGCGUUCUGGUCCAAAUAUCAACGGCAAGUGUCAGAGAAGGAAAUCACAUACCCGAAGCCAGUAUUCAUCCGCCCUCUGCAACCAAACUUUGCCAUCGUAGAGAACCAACUCCUGCAUAUGGAGGCCAACGUCGAGCCUAAGAACGACCCUCACCUCCGGGUCGAAUGGUUCCUCAAUGGCCAAGCUCUUGGCGAGGCGUCGCGUUUCAAGACAAGUUACGACUUCGGUUUGGUUACUCUUGAUCUUAAGGACUGUAACGAGAGGGACCAGGGCAUCUACACGUGCCGGGCCUACAAUAAGGUGGGCGAAGCGUUCACGACGAGCACCGUUGUGGUGACCACGAAGGACACGCUCAUUGAAGGCACCCAACAUCCUGCUGGGGAAAUGGGACUCGAGGCCAUCCUUAGAAUGGAAGAAUCUCUGCGACGUCACGACAGAAUGAUUCCUGACGAGGAAGGUCAUCCUCCCGUUUUCACAACUGAGUUCAAGUCAUUGAGCAAUAUCGAGGAAGGAGAAAUCGUUCACUUCGAGGCCAUGUUGACGCCCGUGGGCGACCAGACGAUGAGGGUUGAGUGGUUCUACAAGGGCGAGGCCCUCAAAGCCUCGAGUCGAGUGCGCACUGUCUACGCUUUCGGCAUGGUCGUCCUCGAAAUUGUUGGCACCAAGGUCUCGGAUUCUGGCGAUUACACAUGCAAGGCUCACAACAAAUGGGGCAAAGCAGAGUGCUCCCUCAACUUGGAGGUGGUGGAUCGUGCUCACGGUCAACCUCCCAAAUUUACCACUCACAUCCAGAGCCUGGAUAAUCUACCUGAUGGCUCAUCGGCUCACUUCGAGUGCACGCUUAUUCCGAUUGGCGAUCCCAAUAUGAAAGUCGAAUGGUUCCAUAACGGCGAACCAAUUCGCAAUGCUACUCGUAUCAAGACAGUUUGCGAUUUUGGAUUUGUUGUUCUGGAUAUCGCAUACUUGCGUGACCAUGACACCGGCGAGUGGGUGUGUAAGGCAUCCAACAAAUACGGCGAAGACUUCACUCGCGCGACCAUUAACUAUCGCGGCAAGAGUGGCGUUUACACGGAUUCUUUGCAGCCGCAGAGCUUGGAUAGAAUUGCCGAACUUGAAGCCGGCAAGAUGAAGGCCAGUGCAGACCUCUCACCUGCUGCAGCUGAGCCUCCUAAGUUUAUCACCCACAUCUCAAACAUUGAACAGCUGGUAGAAGGCCAGAGUGCCCAUUUCGAAGCUCGACUGAAGCCCGUCGGUGAUCCCAACCUGAAUGUCGAGUGGUACAAGGACGGGAAGAAACUGCCUUCGGGUCACCGAUACAGGACUUUCCAUGAUUUCGGUAUCGUUAUCCUUGACAUUCUUUAUUGUUAUGAGGAAGAUUCUGGAGUCUAUGAAGCUCGUGCAGUCAACAAACUCGGGGAAGACAAGACCACUGCUACACUAAGAUGUGCAUCGAAAACUGGACUCAUUCUGACUCCUCAAGUUCCACGAGGUAUGGAAGGAGGAUUGGAUAAGAUUCAGCACAUGGAGGACACUGCCUGGAUGAAAAAGGAUACAGUAACCGCUGAAAAAGUCGGCAUACCUCCAAAGUUCACCGUUCCCCUGGCUAAUAUUGACAGCUUGAAAGAGGGUGAAAACGCCCACUUCGAAGCCCGUAUCGUUCCUACUGACGAUCCCCGUCUGAAGGUCGAGUGGUACUGGAACGGUAAGCCCAUGAAACAUAGCUCAAGAAUUCGUCAGUUCUGCGACUUUGGCUUCGUCAUCAUGGAGCUGUCUCCUGUUUACCCGGAAGACUCAGGUGAGUACAUGUGCCGUGCAUACAAUGAUUAUGGUGAAGCUGUCACCAAGGCCAAUCUGAGCUGCGAUGGUAAGAGGUCCAUUAUUUUGGAAUCGCAAUUGCCAAAGUCAAUGCAACGAGGCAUGGAGAAAAUUGCUCAACUCGAAGGCUUAAUGAUGAAAUCACCUGACAUGCCCACACCAUCAGAUAUUGGACAGCCUCCUCAGUUCAUAACCGAGCCUAAGGAUCAGAGCAUUUCUGAAAAUCAGCUUGCUCACUUUGAGUGCCGUCUCUUACCAGUUGGUGAUCCCAAUUUGAGAGUUGAUUGGUUCCAUAACGGUAGGCCUCUGGGAGCCGGUACGCGCAUCAAGACCAUCAAUGACUUCGGUUAUGUUAUUCUGGAAAUGUCAGGCUGUUAUUCGCGUGACGCAGGCACCUACGUAUGUCGGGCAGUCAACAAGCAUGGCGAUGCAUCGGUGCAAUGCAAGCUUGACGUCACCAGCCGAGGAGCUAUCAACUAUGACCCUCAAGCAACAUCACAAUUCAAAGAUUGCACUGAAUCUAUCCAGAAACUGGAGCAGAGCAUGUGGAAAAAAGAAGACCUCAAAUUUGACGAUGAGAAGGGAUCUCCCCCACGUUUUGUUACCAACUUGGAAAACGUGUCCGAUAUCUUCGAGGGACAGUCUGCUCACUUCGAUUGUAGAGUGGAGCCUGUUGGAGAUCCAGCAAUGAGAAUUGAGUGGUUCCACAAUGGUAUGCCUUUGGCUGCUGGUUCUCGAAUGCAUAUGAUGGACGACUUCGGCUUCGUAGUUUUGGACCUCGAAUGGACUUUUGCCAGGGAUUCUGGAGAAUAUUUGUGUCGCGCAACCAAUAAAUAUGGGCAGGCAACAACCACUGCUACGCUUCAAGUAAAAUCAAAGCACGGUGUUGACAUGAACUCUCAGCUGCCCAAAGGCAUGACUGCAGAGAAACUGAAAGAACUUGAGCGCGGCCCUCUGACAGAGAGAUACGAUCCCGACGCAGAACUCACUCCUCCCAAGUUCAUCCUUCACAUCAAGGACGCUAAACUUGAGGAGGGAGAGAGUGCCUUCUUUGAAGCUCGCGUUGAGCCCCGCAAUGACCCCGACUUGCGUGUGGAGUGGUAUUUUAAUGGCAAUCCCCUUCAAUCGGGUCACAGAUUCCGUACGAGCUUCGAGAUGGGGCACGUUACAUUUGCUUUGCUGCACACUUAUUCAGAGGACUCCGGAGAGUACGUGUGCCGGGCGGUAAACAAACUUGGCCAAGACAUCACGAAAGCUACGCUAAAAUCAAGAGCGGCCCAGAGUGUGGUUAUGCAGUCCCAAGUUCCGAAGGGAAUGAAGAGAAUGGAUUUUGCAACGCAGAUGGAAGAAACUCUGAAGAAGUACUGCAAGGAGGUUUUCCUGACUCAGGAAGAUAUUUAUGAGCCUGAAAAGCGUCAACCUCCGCGGUUUGUGACGCAAAUCAAGGAUAUGUUGGAGUUGCAAGAGAUGCAAGAGGCCAAGUUUGAGUGCCAGUUGGCACCUGUUGGAGAUCCCAACAUGAAAGUAGAAUGGUUCUUCAACGGACGCCCACUUCCGUAUAAGAACCGCUUCACGCCUAUUUACGACUUCGGGUACGUAGCCAUGGUCAUGGGUUGGGUGUUCGCUGAAGACUCGGGAGAAUAUCUGUGCCGAGCAACCAACCUGUACGGCAUGGACGAGACGAGGGCCGUCAUCAAGAGCACCUCGAGACCCGGAGUCAUCUACGAAUCCCAGUUACCCAAGUGCAUGCACUCCCUUGAGAAGAUCCGCGAACUUGAAUCUUCAUGGCAGAUGCACCCCGAGAAGUUCAUCGAGGAGGAGAAGGUGCGCACCAAGCCUGAGAUCCUGCGGCCUCCCGUGUCCCUGGCGGUCCAGGAGGGCGAGUGGGCGAGAUUCAGCGUUCGCAUCUCCGGCUACCCCAAACCCAGGGUCAUGUGGAUAGUAAACGGCUCCACCGCCAUGAGUGGCAAUCGUUUCAAGGUUUGGUAUGACGGGAUGUUCCACCUGGACAUGCCUAAGACUCGCCAGUACGACGACGGCAAAGUUGAAGUGAUCGCAAGGAACGCUCUAGGCGAGGCAUACGCUUCCUGUGAGCUUAAAGUCACUCCCCGCCAAGACGACUACCGCGCCGUGCUUAAGAACUCUCCUAAGCAACAUUCUGAGGGCACCGCGUCCUAUCGCAAACCUGAGUGGGUGACUCGCAUGGAGGAGUUAAAGACCGCCAUGCAAGCGGAGCACAUCGAGCCCCAGUUCGUACAAGAACUGGUAGACGGCAGAAUUAAGGAAAUGGAUAGUCACGUUUUCACAGUCACAUUCGUUGGUAACCCUAAGCCAGAAAUUACAUGGUAUCAUGACAAUCUUCUCAUUCAUCAACUACAAUCUUAUCAAAUGCGUGUGCGCGGCGACAAAGCCUUCCUGACGCUGGUGGAGGCGUCGCCUAAGCACAGGGGCGAGUACGUGUGUCGUGCUGUCAACUCAGCUGGGGAGGCCUAUACCAAAGCUACACUCGAAGUCGUUGAAUUAACAUACGAAGAGAAAUUAACUAUUGCAAAUGAGCGCUAUGCUGCCCUCAAUAUCCAGCACGCAGCGCAACAUAUGAAGGUCAAAGAGCGCGAGCGAAGCGAGAAAGAGAAGCAUGCACACAAAGAAGCUAUGCUAAGGAUGAAGGAAGAGAGGCAGAAAGCUAACAUUGAAAAAGAGAAAGAGCUUGAAGAAGCAAAACUCAACACGUGGAAGCCUCAACGUCGUGUGUCAGAGGCACCUCCACUUAAGGAGGUGGAACCACUGACACCAAAAGAAUACCGCAUCGACCAAGUUUACACCAACUGGAAAGCACCUAUCGCUAUCGAAGAAACGUAUCCCGAAAUCGAGCCUGAGGAAUUUUCACCGAGUCAAAUUCCCGGUGUGAAAUGUUUCGUUCGAGUCUCCGACACAUCAAUCAGAGGAGAAGAAGUGGUCAAAGAAAUUGCGCCUAAGUUCUUUGAGGAUGAGCAAGUCAUAAUCGAGUUGGCCCGGGUUCACACUUUAUUGAGGAACAGCGUCCGUGUCAACGAGAUUUGGUCUCUUUUCCGUGCUGGGGAAUUUCCAGCUCUGCAGCAGCCAAGCAUUCAGACAGCGCUCGUCAAGAUAUGCGAGUACAUUGGUCACCAGAGGAAUGUUUCGCUAGUCCUAGCCGAAGAAACGAAAUUGCAGUCACAGCAACACCCAGUAGGCUUGAAAGCCUUUUUGCGCAUGUUGAAACAUGCUAGUAACGUGCGCCAAGACAUUCUCUUCAAAGAAGUAAUUCCUAGAGAGAUGGGCAAGUGGUCGACCACUACUCAGGAGCUUGAGAAAGUAUCCCAGAUGCUUAACCAAGGCAUAGAAACGGAAGAAAUCAUUGCCUUCUGCGUAGCUGGACAACUUCCUCAACUCAAGAAGCCGGAGACCCAGCAGCCGCUCGUGAAUAUUGUUGAGAAACAAGGACACUCGGUGAUGGUGGCUCAGGUCCUCGUCGAAGAGGCUUAUAGAGAUGCCAAAGAAGACCGCGUGUUGGCUGAACAUGCAUGGCAGGUCUUCCACGAGGAGGAGCUGGCACACGCCGCCAUUUCUCAGGUUGAAAAAGAGACUCAUGUGCUAGACUAUGAGACGAAGGAAUCGGAGGUUGAGAGUCAAGGUACACAAGAAAGACUCGAGCCUCUACCAUACCGAACACAACCUCUCUCGCCAGCCAAACCACUACAAACUAUAACUUCCCAAGAACCUACUUUCACAGCGCCGGAAAUCACUGAGACACUCCAAACCUUUGUUGAAACAGAUGACUCUACCAUAACUUCAGAGCACCCUCUGACAGAAACGACUGAGUUCCCCUUGUCCUCGAAACCUAAAAUUAAGAAACGGGUAGUGAAAAGAGUGAUACGCCCCAAAGAACUAAAAGACAGAGAUACCCGACUCGCAGGCGAUCAGCAUUUUAUCAGCGGCGACACUGACCAAAUUCAUGAAACGCAUGAGCCAAUCUUGUAUUCUGAUGUUUAUUCUGAGCAAUUCGACCACACACAACUUGAAAUUGGGGAAAAUGUUGACUCGUAUGCCAUGCAGAAAACAAGGGACUUAGACGACUCAAAUAUCAUGUCCAAUUAUGUGCGUGAAGAAACUGAUCAAAUUGAAAGAGAAAUGCCCUCCCAGCCCUUUACUGAAGUGACUGAUUACACAGAACUAAAUUUGAACACUGACGUUGACGUUUCUAUUGAGCAAACCAAAGACUUGUCUGAUUCUGAUGCCAUUACCAUUGGAAAAGAUGAAAUCGGUCUGGACCAACUACCAACCAAGCAUCCCAAAACUUUAUUAGAAAAACGCCCUCAACCCCAAAAGACAACAUUCUCUCAAGCAGCCGUUUCUUUGAAACCUAUCAAACGUGAAUCUCGACAACCUGAGCAAUCACAGUACACUGAACAGGUCCAAUUGAAACCAACAGCCAAAAAGACUCUGAGGGAAGACAAACCUCCCGAGAAAGUUCAGUUGCGACCUGUUAUCACAGAAGACACUAACACAACUACUGUGGCACAAAGAAAAAUUGAAUCUAUAUCUAAAAUUUCUACACCCGAACCCAUUCCAGAAACUGCGCAGGUGGCAUUAAGCUCUCCCAUACCAGAAGAACUACUUGUUGAUGUUCCUGCAGAAAGUGAUGUAGUUCCUGACGAACAGAUAGAACCGGAAGAAACUCCAUUCGCUGAUAACAUUGUUACUCAAGUCACGGAACAAGUAUCGGCACCUGGUUCUCCUAGCACCAAGAAAAGAAUUAUUAAGAAAAGAAUAAUUGUUAAAAAGAAACCUGAUGCUGAACCUGAGCAGAUGAAAUUUAGAGCUCCCAAACAGCGCGACUUGAAGCCAGACGAGGAACCUGAAGUAGUUACACUAAAGCCGUUCACAAAACCCUCACAAGAUGUUCCAAAGCCUCACACUGUUCAGCCAGUGGAAGAAAAACCACUUGGACUAAAGAGCAUCACAAUACCGGAACGAGAAGAUGUAAACUUGGAAUAUCGCAACUUGGAUUUAGUUUCUACUGUGAAGGAAGAGGCCCCACAAGAUAUCUACAGAGCUCCUGUACAGCCUGAAGAACAAGAACUUCCAGCUUCCGAAGAACCAAAAGCUACUAAGCUAAUUGGUCUUAAAAAGGUAGUCGAAGAAAAAACUGAACCGGAGCCGUUGAAGUUUAAAAUCAAGCAGCGGCCAAAGGAGCCUGAGCAGGUGCCCGAAGAAGUUCAUUUGAAACCGAUCCCUGAGAAGGAACCACUAAUUGAAGAAAAAUUACUUGCGGAAAUUCGUCCAAUUGAAAUACCAGAUAGAGUUGAACCUAUUCCUGAAGCUGAUGCUCCUGAAAAGAAGACGAGAAGAGUCAUUAAACAAAAGAAGGAAGCAGAACAAGAAAAGGUGGAACUUAAACCAAUAACGAAACCGACAAGAGACGAAAAAACAAAAGAUGAAGAAAAAAUAUUGAAACCGCUCAAAAAGAUCGAACCGCUGCAGCCCGCAGUGGAUGACGUGGAGUUGAAGCCACCGAAGAGGCUUCCGAAACAAGAUGAGAUCUCGGAAGAAGUUAAAUUAAAGCCCUUCAAAAAGAAAGAAAUUCCAAAACCUGAGGAACAGCCCAAACCUCUUCAGCUGAAGCCAGUUCAGAGAACUCCUAAGCCGGAACCUGAACCGGAAGAAGUCAAGCUAAAGCCAGUUCAGAAAACUACUAAGUCGGAACCUGAACCGGAAGAAGUUAAACUUAGGCCAGUUCAGACAACUCCAAAACCAGAGCCAGAACCGGAAGAAGUCAAGCUAAAGCCAGUUCAGAGAACUCCUGAGCCAGAACCUGAACCGGAAGAAGUCAAGCUAAAGCCAGUUCAGAGAACUCCUAAGCCAGAACCUGAACCGGAAGAAGUAAAACUGAAACCUGUUAAGAGAACUCCCAAGCCGGAACCUGAACCAGAAGAAGUAAAACUGAAACCAGUUAAGAGAACUCCUAAGCCAGAACCUGAGCCGGAAGAAGUCAAGCUAAAGCCAGUUCAAAGAACUCCAAAGCCAGAACCUGAACCAGAAGAAGUUAGGCUAAAGCCAGUUCAGAGAACUCCAAAGCCGGAACCUGAACCGGAAGAAGUAAAACUGAAACCAGUUCAGAGAACUCCUAAGCCGGAACCUGAGCCGGAAGAAGUAAAGCUAAAGCCAGUUCAGAAAACUCCAAAGCCGGUACCUGAACCGGAAGAAGUCAAGCUAAAGCCAGUUCAGAAAACUCCAAAGCCGGAACCUGAACCGGAAGAAUUCAAGCUGAAGCCAGUUCAGAGAACUCCAAAGCCAGAACCUGAACCGGAAGAAAUCAAGCUGAAGCCAGUUCAGAGAACUCCUAAGCCAGAACCUGAACCGGAAAAAGUCCAGCUAGUACCAACUCAGCGGCCGGUGGAAGCACAGCCAGAACCUGAAAAGAUCAAACUGAAGCCGGUUCCAAAGCCUUCUCAGUCAGAGCAGGCUCCUGAAGAAGUAAAACUAAAACCAGUGCCCCAAGUCCCCGAGCCAGAACUUGGAGAAAUGCCCGUUAAACCCAAACCAACUACCAAAACAAAAUCGCCACAACCUGAACCAACACCUGAAUUAGUCACGUUAGAACCAGUAACGAAACCCACCCAGCCAGAACCACAACCGCUGGCACCUGCUCUCAUCACAGAGGAAAAAACCACAGAAGAGUUUGUUGUGGAUGAGCAAACUGCGCGGUUGCUUUUGGCUGAAGCCCAAAGCUCAGUUCAGCGUGAAGUGUUGGUGACUUCGCAGCUAAAUCGACAAGUGCAACAAGUUACUACCUCCCGCGAACAAGUUGUCAGUGAAGAAGGAGUUCAAAUGCAGGUUAUUGAAGCUCCGAAGCAGGAAGUUACGGUUAACCGGGAAGUUAGUCAGCUCCAGCAAGUGUCAAGUGAGCAGCCUAUGUUGCUUAUGAAGGAGAGUCAAUUCACAAUUUCUCAACAAUCUGAAAAUUUGGAAACUAUGACGGAGAGCUUUGUACAGCAUCAGGCUUCAUUCAGCCAACAAGAAUCAGUAAUGAAUAAAAGCAUUAUUCAGCAGACCGAAGUCCAAAAAUCCCCGACAGUAGUAAGAAAAGUCAAGAAAAUAAUCAAGAAGCCGAAGAAGCUUACAAAAGAAACCGUCGAAGUGACCACGAUUGACGAUGAUGUAUCUGAAGAGAAACCUGUUGAAGAGAAGCCUGUUGAAGAGAAGCCUGUUGAAGAGAAGCCCACCGAGUCCCUUGUCGAAGAAAUUAUCCAACCUGACGAAGAAGAGGUCAUGACAGUAACCGAGGUCGUUCAGCGACCGCAAACUUAUCAUGAAGAAAGCACAAUCGAACGCCUCGUGACAGACGUUAAAGAAGAGGAGCACAUUGAAGUUAAACCAACAAAGAUUAUCAAAAAGAAAGUCAUUAAGAAGAUCGUCAAAAAGCCGGUAACCGAAGAGAAGGUUGAAAUUCGACAAGAAAUUGAUGAGCAAAAAAUUCUCGAAAUAGAGAAGACUCAAUACACACACGAACAGGAAGAAAUAGAAGAAGCACUUCCCGAGGAACUUCCAGACGAUUUACCGGACACCUACGAAAUAGCGCCUACGAAGGCUGUCACUGCUGAAACCUCCUUCGAACCAGAACUGUCAACGCCACAAACUGAUGAAAUUCCAAUUGCAACAGCGCCCGAGCCACAGGCCUCAAUACACAAGGUCAAGAAAAUCAUCAAAAAGAAGAAACCAGAGAAGCUUGUCGUCGAAAUUCAUGAAGAGUUCACAGUCGAGGAGGUUGUGUCUGCUGCACCCGAAGCUUUACCUGAAGCUUUACCCGAAGCUUUACCUGAAGCUUUACCUGAAGCUUUGCCUGAAGCUUUACCGGAAGCUUUACCUGAAGCUUUACCGGAAGCUUUGCCUGAAGCUUUAACAGAAGAUCUGCCCGAGGUUCUCCCUGAAGUUCUUCCCGUAGUACGUGAAUCUUUGCCUGAGCAACUGCCCGAAGAGCUGCCUGAAGUUCUGCCUGAAGUUCUACCAAUAGAACCAGAAGAAGAGACUUACUUUGACACAGUUGAGGACAUAAUUCAAACAGACAAAAUCCUCGACGAUCAAACCACAAUUAUUCAUAAAGCACCCGAGGAGCAAGUGGUUACACAACACAGGACAGAAACAGUUGACACGGAAGUGGUUCUAACACAAGCUCCAGUCAAAACUCGCACUGUUAAAACUGUGAAGAAAGUGAUAAGAAAGAAGAAGCGAGUCGAUGGUGAAUCUACUGAAGUGUCUGAAGAACACUUACCUGAAGCUCAUGAAGUCGCCGAAAUACCUGACAGUUUGCCAGAGGAACUACCAGAACCAACACCAGAUACCUACAACACUCUACUUGUCACCGCAGAACCUGCCACUCAACAAGAGAAAGUCAUGGCUAUUCCUGAGCGUCUGCAAGAGGAAAUUGUUGUACCAAUACAGACGGCUCCAUACGAACUUUCCACUGCCGAAUUCAGAGAAGAAGCCGUGUUCGAGACACAACACACUCAAGUCGUACAUAUUGAAACAGCGCCGCAACAAAAGACAAAGCAAAAGGUUCUGAAGAAAAAGAAAGAAAUUGAAGUUCGAAUUGCCGAAGUCAGAGAAGCUCCAACUGAAACGCUAACAACAGAACUUCAGGAAGACGAGGAGCUGAAAUUCUUCGACACACAGGAAACACAAAUAAUUACAGAACCUGCACCUAUCCCAGAACCAGUCACUGUCGCUCCAGAACCAGUCACAGCCAUCCCAGAACCAGUAACUGCCAUGCCAGAACCAGUAACUGCCAUGCCAAAACCAGUCACUGUCAUGCCAGAACCAGUAACUGCCAUGCCAGAACCAGUCACUGUCGCUCCAGAACCAGUCACUGUCGCUCCAGAACCAGUCACUGUCGUUCCAGAACCAGUCACUGUCGCUCCAGAACCAGUCACUGUCACUACAGAACCAGUCACUGUCGCUCCAGAACCAGUCAUUGUCGCUCCAGAACCAGUCACUGUCGCUCCAGAACCAGUCACUGUUGCUCCAGAACCAGUCACUGCCAUCCUAGAGACGCUUCCUGAAGAAGUCGUUCGGCCAACAGAAAUAGCUCCAGUAGAGCCUUUCACUGCCGAGGUUCAUGAGGAACCCUUGUUGGUGACACAUCGCACUGAAGUCAUACACAUCGACACAGCUCCUGUUCAAGAAACUGUUAAGACUGUGAAGAAAAUCAUCAAGAAAAAGAUACGAACUGAAGUAAAAGUCACCGAAGGCAGAGAAGCUUCCGCAACAGCCACACAACCAGUUAUUCCAGAAGAUACUCAACAGGGAACAGUAGAAGCUCCAAUACAACCUAUCAUUGCUGAAACACUGGACGAAACAAUCAAAGACACGCACUUCACUGAAAUUGUGGCGGUCAAGUCAGAACCAGUGCCGUUGCCUGAAGAAACUUCCGCUUUAUCAGACAUCAUCCAUGAAACUUUGGAACGAGUUGAAACGACAAAACUCGUUCCCAUUGAAGCUACAAUAGUCGAGACCCGUGAAGAACCCACCUUGGACACUCACCGUACGGAAUUAGUUCAAAUAGAAACAGCACCAACACAAGAGAGCCUUCAGACUAACAAGAAGAUAAUUAAGAAAAAGAAACGAACAGAAGUACAAGUCACAAGCACAACUCAAGAACCUACGCCACAACCUGAACAAGUCACAGCUAUUCCAGAGUCCCUGCCGCAGGAAAUUACCCAACCCAUGGAACUUGCUCAUCCUGAGCCCACAACUGCUGAAACACUAGAAGAACCGUCGCUUGUGACGCACAGCACCAACAUCAUUCAAAUUGACACAAAACAAGCACCUGUUCCAGAACAUAUUUCUACCGUUACUGCUGCGACAGUGGUCACUGAGCCUACAGAAAUGGUCCCCAUAGAGCCCGCCGUUGCUGAGACCCGAGCGGAACCCGCAUUGGAAACACACACAACCGAAAUUGUUCAGAUUGACACAGCACCAGACCAAGAAACUGUAACAGUUCAGACAACAAAAAAGAUAAUCAAGAAAAAGAAGAGAGAAAUUCAGGUCACGGAUAUUUCAGAAGCUCCAAUUGAACCGCUUAUCGCUGAAAUCAAUGAAGAACAUCCUAAGGAGACAUCCAGAACUGACAUCGUACACGUCACUUCAGCUCCUACUGAACUAACAGUAAUCGAAGUUCAUGAGGAAAAGCCAUCUCUAUUCACACAGCACACCGAAAUUGUUGACAUAGAUACAGCACCUGUGAAUGAGGUCCACGUUAAAACCACGAAAAAAGUCAUCAAAAAGAAGAAGCGAACAGACAUUCAAGAAACGGAAGAUGUCGUUUCCAUGCCAGAACAAGUCGCCUCUCUGGAUGAAACACUGCCGGAGAAACUUGAGACAUUCGACAUAGCUCCUGCGGAAUCUACAGUUGUCGAAGUUUUUGAAGAAAAACCAUCUCUACUCACACAUCACACAGAAAUUGUUGAAGUAGAAACAGCACCUGUGGAUAAGGUCCUAGUUAAAACCACGAAAAAAGUCAUCAAAAAGAAGAAGCGAACCGACAUUCAUGAAACGGAAGAUAUCGUUUCCAUACCAGAACAAGUCGCCUCUCUGGAUGAAACACUGCCGGAGAAUCUUGAGACAUUCGAAAUAGCUCCUGCAGAAUCAACAGUUGUCGAAGUUUUUGAAGAAAAACCAUCUCUACUCACAAAUCACACAGAAAUUGUUGAAGUAGAAACAGCACCUGUGGAUGAGGUGCUAGUUAAAACCACGAAAAAAGUCAUCAAAAAGAAGAAGCGAACAGACAUUCAAGAAACGGAAGCACCUGUGGAUGAGGUCCUAGUUAAAACCACGAAAAAAGUCAUCAAAAAGAAGAAGCGAACAGACAUUCAAGAAACGGAAGAUGUCGUUUCCAUACCAGAACAAGUCGCCUCUCUGGAUGAAACACUGCCGGAGAAUCUUGAGACAUUCGAAAUAGCUCCUGCGGAAUCGACACGUGUCGAAGUUUUUGAAGAAAAACCAUCUCUACUCACACAUCACACAGAAAUUGUUGAAGUAGAAACAGAUGUCCUUUCCAUACCAGGACAAGUCGCCUCUCUGGAUGAAACACUGCCGGAGAAUCUUGAGACAUUCGAAAUAGCUCCUGCGGAAUCGACAGUUGUCGAAGUUUUUGAAGAAAAACCAUCUCUACUCACACAUCACACAGAAAUUGUUGAAGUAGAAACAGCACCUGUGGAUGAGGUCCUAGUUAAAACCACGAAAAAAGUCAUCAAAAAGAAGAAGCGAACAGACAUUCAAGAAACGGAAGAUGUCCUUUCCAUACCAGGACAAGUCGCCUCUCUGGAUGAAACACUGCCGGAGAAUCUUGAGACAUUCGAAAUAGCUCCUGCGGAAUCGACAGUUGUCGAAGUUUUUGAAGAAAAACCAUCUCUACUCACACAUCACACAGAAAUUGUUGAAGUAGAAACAGCACCUGUGGAUGAGGUCCUAGUUAAAACCACGAAAAAAGUCAUCAAAAAGAAGAAGCGAACAGACAUUCAAGAAACGGAAGAUGUCGUUUCCAUACCAGAACAAGUCACCUCUCUGGAUGAAACACUGCCGGAGAAUCUUGAGACACUCGAAAUAGCACCUGUGGAUGAGGUCCUAGUUAAAACCACGAAAAAAGUCAUCAAAAAGAAGAAGCGAACAGACAUUCAAGAAACGGAAGAUGUCGUUUCCAUACCAGAACACGUCACUUCUCUGGAUGAAACACUGCCGGAGAACCUUGAGACAUUCGGAAUAGCUCCUGCAGUAUCAACAGUUGUCGAAGUUUUUGAAGAAAAACCAUCUCUACUCAAACAUCACACAGAAAUUGUGGAAGUAGAAACAGCACCUGUGGAUGAGGUCCUAGUUAAAACCACGAAAAAAGUCAUCAAAAAGAAGAAGCGAACAGACAUUGAGGAAACUGAAGAAGGAGCUCCAGCUACUGAGCAAGUCGUGACCUUCCCUGAGGAACAAGCCGAACCUACAAAGAUUGCACCUGUUGAAAAAAUUACUGCAGAGAUUCAAGACGAGCCGCAGAUGAUGAUUCACCGCACAGAAAUUGUGAACAUUGAAACAGCUCCCGUCGAAGAAGUCACGGUCAAAACCACGAAAAAGAUAAGGAAGAAGAUUCGUUCCGAAGUACAGACUUCAGAAGUAGUUGAAGCGGCGACACUUCCUUCUCAAAAGGCCUCAGAUAUUAUUGAGGAAGCUCCUGAAGAUCACGUCGAAGUACUGCAUAUAGCCGCACCUCAGCGAGAAACAGCUCAGUCUCGAGAGUACACGGUUCAAUCACACACCGCUCAAGUUACCCAAGUUACAACAGAAGAAUGCGUGCCAGGAUUUAAGGCUCUUCUUCGCAUCGCCAAGGACAGUAAAUUCGAUCUGGAGACCGUUGAGGCAGAAGAAUGGCAGACGCCUGAAAUUCGGCAAGAUCUUGCAAAGCUCAACCUUGAGGUAAAGAAAGGAGCUCAAGUCCAAGAACUCAUGACAAUGCUCAAGGAAGGAGAUUUCCCUGCUCUCAAGGCUUCUGAACACCAAGCAUCGAUUUUAGAAGUUGCGAGUCGCAUGGAGAAAGCAGUCGUUACUGAAGUGCUCGUUCACGAAGCCUCCUACAAGAAAGAGAAAAGUAUCGGGGCGAAAACUCUUCUAAGAUCCAUCGAACGAGGACAAGAGACGGUUGAAGAUAUUAUUAUGGAUGUAUCCCGCGAGUUUGGACCUCUGUCUGUUCCUGCCAAAGAAGUCGCCGCAGUCGGUCAUCUGUUGAAAGAAGGAGUUCGAUGCGACGAAGUCGUCACCAUGAUCGACGCCGGGCUGCUACCGGGCCUGCAGAGUCCUCAGGCUCAAUUGCCUUUGGUAUCAAUGGUCAGCAACAAGGGGCAUACCGGAGUCGUUUUUGAAGUUCUCGUUGAAGAAUCAACAAAAGAAUUACUGCAUCAAGCUCCGAAACCUACGUCUGCCGAAAUGACUGAAUACAAGACUCGCUUGGUUAAAGCUAACGCUUCCAGUGCCGAUGUCAAGACAUUCACGAAAGAAAUGGCGCCAGGCGUGAAGGCUUACGUCGAAAUGGCUGAAGAUGCCGCCGUGGCCAUUGACGACGUCGUGGAGAGAAGUGAGGUGAAGUCUGAAAUGAAGAAAGAGAUGAAAAAAGUUUCUCAGCUGGUGAGGCAAGGAGUGAACGCCGAAGAAGUCCUGACUUUGUUGGAAGCAGGCGAGUUCCCUUCGCUGAUGAAAAUCGAGGCUCAAGCCGAACUCCUGAACGUGGUGGAAGAAUGUGGCUUCUCCGCCAUAGUCAACAAAGUCACCAUUGAUGAGGCGAUACAAAGGAGCGAGAAGGCUAUUGGGGCAAAAGCUUUCGUAAAAAUGAUGAAAGAGGCCAAUGUUAACAUUCAGGAGAUCAUGACUGAGAGCAUCCCGAAAGAAUUCGGCCCAGACUUCCAAGCGCCUUUGCAGGAAGUUGCUCAAGUCUCCAUGAUGAUGAAAGAAGGCAUUCAGGCCGAGGAAAUCAUCGAACUGAUGGAAGCUAACCAACUACCGCAUCUGAAGAAGCCCGAAUCUCAAGCUCCUCUGCUGAAGGUCGUGGAGCAGCAAGGACAGAGAGCUUUAGUGUGCCAAGUGCUCAUCGAAGAGUCAGUCAAGGACAUUAAACAAGGCCUUCCUAAGGUGGACAUGGCAUCAGUCAGCUCCGUUCCAUCCCUGACGACCGCUUCGGCUUCACAGGUCGUUGUUAAAGAAGAUAGCGGAGCUGCUGUUUCUUCGUCCAUCACCAUUCAAGCUGUGACGGCAAAGGAGGUGAAGGUGGGCGACAUGCUGAGAGCCAUCGCGACCUACGUCGCCGAGGACGACCAUGAGAACUCGAUGCAUUUGGUCGAAGGAGAGCGAGUUUAUGUCAUUGAAUCGAGCGACCAUGACUGGUGGUUCGUAGAGAAGCACCUGACGAAGGAGCGUGGAUAUGUGCCGUCCAAAAUGCUCUCUGUCGACGCCGACUACACUCACUACGUGCGCCGGCGGCUCGAGGAGAAGAUCAGCUCCUUGCCUGUCUUUGAAAAGCUGAAGAAGGGUCAGAAGGCCGAGGCCCCGAAGAUAACUCACUUUUUGGAGUCUCAAACGGUGGCCGAUGGUCAGGAGGUGCAGUUUGUCGUGAAAGUCCAAGGCACCCCGAGGCCCAACGUGACCUGGUUCAGACAGACGGCAAUUAUCAAACCUUCCGAGGAGUUCCAGGUGUUCUACUCAGAAGACAACACGGCAACGCUGCUGAUCAAGGAGGUGUUCCCAGAGGACGCUGGACUCUUCACGUGCGUCGUCAAGAACUUGGCGGGCUACGCCAUGAGCGAGGCCGAGCUCGUGGUAGACGGUCCCGUGAGUGACCACGGCUCCGACACCAUGCUCGCCUCCAGGAGGAGCCUGAGCCGCGACUCGUCCGUGUGCGACACCAUGGAGGGCAUCCCCCCCACCUUCGCCAUGAAGACCAUCAACAAAACAUGCGAGGAAAACGCUCAAUUUGAAGUCGACGUCAGACUUGUUGCUAUACCAGAGCCCGAGAUUGUUUGGAAAAAGGAUGGCUUGAUCCUCCGAGACUCAAACCGCAUCAGGAUUGUUCGCCAGAAAGACGUUCAUGCGUACAGGUCAAUUAUCCUGAUCAAAGGCACUAGGAAAGAGGAUGAAGGAGAAUACCAAGUUUACUGCAAGAACAGGGAGGGCGAAGCCAAGUGUUCGAUCUUCCUUAAGAUCACGGCUCCCGAAGAGCCCGUGUUCGAGGAGCUGUUCAGCGACACCACCGUCGAGGAGCUCGGUACCAUACGGCUCGUGGCUCGUAUACGGGGCAUUCCCACCCCAGACAUCACUUGGAGCCGGAACGGCAAGAAGAUAAAGCUGGAAAAUAACGUGAUCGCGCGCUAUGGGGAUGAGGUGGCUGUACUGGAGGUGCAGCACGCAAGUAAGAGCGACGCUGGCAAGUACGUCUGUACGGCCACCAACAAGAUGGGUAAAGUGUCGCACUCUGCGAACGUCACCGUCGGCAGUGAUGUCGUUACCUUCAAGAAGGGUCUGGAAUCGUGCGUGGUGGAGGAGAACUCUCAGGCGGUUCUGGAGUGCAGGACCAGCCGGGACAAGGAAGUGAAGUGGUGGAAGGGCAAGAUGGAGAUCACGUCAAGUGAACGCAUCACUCUGGAGCACGAGGGUCUCACUCACAGACUCGUCAUUCACUCGGCGGCAGUGAACGAUACUGGCAAAUACAAGUGCACCUUCGAUGAUCAGUCGACCUGGUGUAACAUGACCAUCAAACCUUUGGAAGAGUUUGUGCAAAAGCUUCAAGACGUCGAGGUUUUGGAGAAGGACGAAGCUGUGUUGUUCGUCGAAGUCUCAUCCGAGAAAUGCCAGGUUUCAUGGCACAAAGACGGCGAAGAAAUCGUCGGUGACGACCGCAUGAAAGUUUUGGUAGAUGGAAGGAUACGAAGACUCAUCAUUACAUCAGCCAGUGUGAAUGAUGAGGGUGAAUAUACGUGCGUGCUGGGGGAUCUCGAAAGCACGUGCGAACUCACCGUGCGUGAACUACCUGCCGAGAUCGUAAAGGAUAUGACCGACCAGACUGUGAACAAGGCUGAGAAGGCCAGCUUUGCCGUGGAGCUGUCAAAGGGUGACGCAGUAAUUACGUGGUACAAAGAUGGUUCCGAGAUUCGGUUCUCGGACCACUACCAGCUCUCCAUCGACGGCAAGGUGCAGCGGCUGCUCAUUUACAACUGCCAAGCUGACGACGAUGGCGUCUAUCGCGCCGUGGUCGGCAAGACUGAAUGCUCAGCCAGACUCAAGGUCGAAGGCCAAAUUGAAGGCGACUUCCUGAAGAAGCUGCCGCCCCAAAUGGACGUAAUAUCGUCGACUGAUGCUGAAUUUACCGUAGAGAUUACCAAGGAACAAAGUGAUGUUACGUGGCUCAGAAAUGGUGAGGAAGUUUCGGCAGAUGCGCGUUUCAUCCUGAAGAAGCAAGGCAAGAAACGCACGUUGAUCGUGAAGACCGUCACACUGGAAGACGCUGCCGAGUACACAUGCGUAUUGGGCAGUCUUAAGACCUCCUGCCGCAUGACUGUGCUGGUGCUGGAAUCAGCGCCGGUGAUCGAGAGAUCAUCCAUCACGACGGAGUUUGUGGUCAUUAAGGGCACAGACGUGACCUUCACGGUGCCUUUCAAGGCCACCCCUCAACCUACCGCCCUCUGGACCCACAGAGGGAAAACUAUCAAAGAAUCCAAGAGGUUGUUGCCCAAGAUCUCAGAAAACGUAGCAACGUUCACCAUAUACCAAGUUGAGAACGUCGACUGUGGAGAAUACGUUCUUAAGCUCGUCAAUAGCUGCGGUGACGUCACUAUUGACUUCGUUCUUAAGAUUCUCGACAAACCCUCGAAGCCCGGGACCCCCGAGCCCCUGAAGGUAACAGACGACUCGGUCACCCUCUUGUGGCGCGCCCCUGAGGACGACGGAGGCCGCGUCAUUACUAACUACAUAAUUGAAUACACAUUCCGUAAGGAGACGCGUUGGGUGGAGUACACCACGAAGGAGGAGGUGAGGGAGACCACAAUCGUCGUGUCCGGGCUCACCAAGAACCAAGAGUACAGCUUCAGAGUCGCCGCUGUCAACGAAGUCGGCACUUCUGAGUACUCGGAACAGUCUGAAUACAUCAAGGUAGCAGAACCGAUCAGGCCUGAGGCUCCCGAAGUUCGUGAACUUCUUCAGCCCGUAGUGACAGGCCUGCGCCAAACUAUCGUACUGCGCUGCGUGAUCACGGGCACGCCGCUGCCAGACAUCACCUGGACCAAAGACAACAAGACUAUCACCAAAAAUUUGACCUACGAAAACUACACCGCUACACAUACCAUCAAGGAAACUAACUCCACCACCUCAGGCACCUACUCCUGUAGGGCAGAGAACUCAGCUGGUUCUGCGGAGACUAGUGCUACUGUCGUUAUACAGGAAGCGCCAGCCUUUGAGUUCGACGAAAAGUCGCAAGCGCAGCGGCUGGUGGUGGGUGAUCGCUGGCACAUCCCCAUCAAGGUGACGGGCUUCCCCCAGCCCAAGAUCACCUGGACCUGCAACGACCAGCCUAUCCAGGCGUUCGCUCGCGUCGUGGUUCACGUGGAGGAAGACGAGGGUCUCACGGACAUCGCCAUCCAGAAAGUGUCGCGCGAGGACGGCGGCUUGUUCUCCGUCAGCGCUCAGAACUCCGCUGGCAGGGCGACGAUGAGUUUCAACCUCAGGGUCGAUGAAGAGGAAAUCGUCGAGAAGGAGAUCGUCAAAGAACGUCCAGCGGCUCCUGGAGGGCCUUUGGAGUUCUCCGAAGUAACCACAAGUUCCGUAAGAAUCAGCUGGCAACAAUCCCCGGAUGACGGCGGUUCAGAAAUAACGUCCUACUACAUCGAGAAGCUCGAGAAGGGUCAGAAGCAGUGGCAGAAGGUGGCUGAAGUUGAGCCUCAUAUCUUCACGUACGUCGUUCAGAACCUCAGCGAAGGACGCGAAUAUUGCUUGCGAGUUUUCGCGCUGAACGCAAUUGGGCUUUCGGAGGCGCUCGAGGCUUCCGAGACCGUGUACAUCAAGUCGCCUUUCAAUCCCCCUGGACCGCCCCUGGGGCCGUUCGACGUGACGGACAUGGCAGAGACAAGUCUGGUGCUGCACUGGGACGAGCCUCUGGACGAUGGAGGCUCGCCGAUAACAGGCUACCUCAUCGAGCGUCGCACGGCCAUGAAAAAAGCCUGGCAGAAGAUAGGAACAACUGCUGAGAAUGUGACGCAUUUUGAAUGCACGGGUUUGAAGAAAGGAUACACUUAUUUCUUCAGGGUGUUUGCUGUUAAUGUGGCCGGGCAGGGACCUCCUCUACAACCUGAUGAGGCUAUCACUGCCGGCAAGAAACUUUCCGUGCCCAGCAAACCCAACGGUCUGACCGUCAUCGAUGUCACCUCCAAGACCGUCACGCUCGGCUGGUCUCCACCGUCCACCACUGGAGGAGCCGACCUCAUAGGUUACGUGAUCGAGAAACGGCUGACGGAAGAGUCGGCUGUGUGGGAGAAGGUAGACACCGUCGACGCCUCAGUUACGCUCUACUGCGUCGAGAACCUCAAAGAAAAAUCCGAAUACGAGUUCAGAGUUUUUGCUGAGAAUCCUGUUGGCCUCUCGGAGGAGGCUGCAGUCACUGAAUAUGUCCUCCUCAAGACACACGCUACUCCACCAUCACCACCCACGGCCCCACUAGAGGCGCGCCCCACGGGCCCCUCCAGCCUAAUGAUCGAGUGGGGCGCUCCAGAAAGCGACGGUGGGUCGCCGCUGCUGGGGUACAUCAUCGCCAUUAGGGACGUCAAGAGAACCAUGUGGAUAGAAGUGGGUCAGGUGGACGCAAACUUCACCAGACUACACAUAAAGGAGGUCCAGGAGGAGCACGAGUACAACGUGCGGGUGUUUGCACGCAACGAAAUUGGUGCCAGCGACCCGCUGCAGACUGAGGAGCCUGUUAAGAUCAUUCAACCUGACGACUUUACUGAGUUGCCGCAAGAAGACGCGGCGCCGUCGCUAUCCUACAGCACUACGGAGACGCUGUCGUGGAUGCGGGAGGCUGGAGUCGACGCUGACAUCUACUCGUACGCUCGCGGUCGCCUGCUCAACAGAGACGAAUAUUUCUUCAAAGUCUGGCAUCAGACGCAGCAAAUUCGUCAGGAAGCCGAAGAGGAAGGAAGCUCCUCGCAGAAAUAGCCUCGUGGCUGAAAUUAAUUUUUUGUACCUAGAGAAUCAUUAGUAGUAGCGUUACCUCUUUGUUGUUUCAUUGUUGACUAUUUGGGUAAGUCUCCCUACCGUCACUAGAGCAAGCGGCGAGAAAAUAUCGAUAUUCCCGCCAGCGCAGUGACCCUGAGCAUGAAGAGAACGCUCUCUAUGAUGACUCUUCUCGAACGAAUUUUGAGAAAACCAAGAAAAACUUUUCAAAAAAUUUGUUUUGGUAUUCAAUCAUGCGUUUCUCAAUCGUUCCCUUCAAUAGUGUUGUUCUUUUCUUGUCGUUGAAAGUGAGUUUCUUUGGGUAACCCGAGUGUUUUGCCUUGGUUUCGUUGAGACGGGAGGCAGUGGAGGGCAGCACCAUCCCCUGAGCACCUAACGCCUUUUCCGCUGUGUCGAGGCUUUGGCUUCCUGGACAUAAAAGCCUAGAAGCCCGGCCUCCAUUCCGUCUCAAUGGGACCAACUAUAUAGAACCCAUUAUGUGUAUUCUCUUCAUCUUUGUAGUUAUCGAUUGUCUCUUUUUCAAGAAUGCUUCGUAGGAAGCGAGAAUAAAAAUUUUCUUGUUGUAUCAAAUAGCUUAAUUUGUCGUGUUUUCUGUGAUAAAUAAUUUGCUUCCCGCGAUGAAAAAUCCCGCAGUCAAAUAUUCAUUUAGUCUCAUUGCUUAAAAUUGCUGGAGGUGAAGCGUGCAGCCAAAGUUGAUAUAAACUUCGCUUGUUGCUGCCACGAAGGAAUAUAAUCUAUUGGUGCGCGCUUCAGCUACCAAGCUCAACUUGAUAUUAACGUUGGUGAACCACUGUUUGGAUCCUUGUUGUUGUUGCUGCUGCAUCUACGGUAUUCGAACGGUGAGACAUCAACGAUUAAUAUUCAAGGGCUAAAAUGGGAUGAGCUUUUCAUUGGCCCGUUGUAAUGAUUCAAUAAAUACAUAAUUAUUCCUUAA